AGGCGGCGCGCAGGGGAGGGGGGAUCCCGCCUGAGACGCCCACACGGCGGGGAGGCGGCCGCGGCGGCGAGGCGAGUCGCGCUCCGUUAGGAUGCGAUAAGGGCGCGGGCACGCAGCGCGCUGCCCUUUCCCCUCCCGCCGCCGCCCCCCUCGCCCUAGCGGCGCCGGGGGUAGGAGGAGGCGGCGCCGGCGGCCGUUCCCCUGGCCGCGGGGAGCGCGGCCCCCGCCUGAGGGAAUGAAACUUUAACAAGAAGUCUCUUUGUCAAGGCCUGGCUAGCAGCAAGAGGAGUGAAGUGUAGAAGAAAUGCCCUGAUGAGAAGAUACGACAUCUUGUAAUGGAAGAUGGAAGACAAAGGGGCUCGUGUUGCUGACUACUUUGUUGUCGCAGGAUUAACAGAUACUUCAAAACCACUAGAGGAAGAAAUCCACUUUAAUGAUGCUUGCCAUAAAAUUGCUAAACCGAAAGAACCUAUUACAGAUGUAACAGUAAUUAUUAAAUCUCUGGGGGAGGAAGUUCCUCGAGGAUAUAAAUGCAUAGAUGUUACUCAGUCAGGGCUCUCUGCAGAUCUCAAUAAUGGGAGUCUUGUAGGACCACAAAUAUACCUUUGUUAUCGUAGAGGAAGGGAUAAGCCCCCGCUUACUGAUUUGGGAGUAUUAUAUGAUGGGAAAGAGAGAGUGAAACAAGGUUGUGAAAUAAUUCAAACUACUCCGUAUGGUCGAGCUGCUAAUAUUAGUGGGAGUGCCUCAUCACAAAGGGUGUAUGUCACUUACCGAAGAGCAUCUGAAAACAUGACACAGAACACGUUGGCUGUUACAGAUAUAUGUAUCAUCAUACCAAGUAAAGGAGAAACCCCUCCACAUACAUUCUGCAAAGUUGACAAGAAUCUUAAUAAUAGCAUGUGGGGCUCAGCAGUAUAUUUAUGUUAUAAAAAGUCUGUGGCAAAAACCAACACCAUAUCAUAUAAAGCUGGUUUAAUAUGCAGAUAUCCAGAAGAAGAUUAUGAGUCAUUCCCAUUACCAGAAUCUGUGCCUCUCUUUUGUCUGCCUAUGGGUGCAACAAUUGAAUGUUGGCCAUCUAACAGUAAAUAUCCCCUGCCAGUUUUUUCUACAUUUGUACUAACUGGAGCUUCUGCAGAAAAGGUAUAUGGUGCUGCUAUUCAGUUUUAUGAGCUGUAUCCUGAAGAGAAUCUGACUGAGAAACAAAAAUCUCAACUAGGAUUAGCAGCUGGUGUCGAGGGCAAGUCAGAUGCAUGCAGAACAGUUCAGACAAACAAAUGUAUCUGCCUGCUCUCUCACUGGCCUUUCUUUGAUGCUUUCAAGAAGUUUCUUACCUUUCUAUAUCGUUACUCCAUUUCUGGUCCACAUGUUCUACCCAUUGAGAAACAUAUUUCCCAUUUCAUGCAUAAAGUUCCCUUUCCAUCCCCUCAGAGGCCAAGAAUUCUAGUUCAGCUGUCUCCACACGAUAACCUGAUUCUUAGCCAACCUGUGUCAUCACCUCUUCCACUGAGUGGGGGCAGGUUUUCUACACUGCUUCAGAAUCUAGGACCUGAAAAUGCAGUAACUCUACUUGUGUUUGCUGUGACGGAACAUAAAAUUCUCAUCCACUCGUUGCGACCUUCUGUCCUUACAAGUGUGACAGAGGCGUUAGUCUCUAUGAUAUUUCCUUUCCACUGGCCCUGCCCAUACAUUCCUCUCUGUCCCUUGGCACUGGCAGAUGUUUUAAGUGCACCAUGCCCUUUCAUAGUGGGAAUUGAUUCAAGAUACUUUGAUCUCUAUGACCCUCCACCAGAUGUUAGCUGUGUUGACCUAGAUACCAAUACAAUUUCUCAAAUUGGAGAUAAGAAAACUGUUGCAUGGAAAAUCUUGCCAAAGAAACCUUGCAAAAAUCUGAUGAACACUUUAAGUAAUUUAUAUCAACAACUUGCAGAAUUGCAACAAAGACCAAGAGAAGAUGCAUUAAUGGAAUUAACAAUGAAUGACUAUGACUUUAAUUCUGGGAAGAAGUUGCAUCUGUUAGAUUUGGAGAUCCAGGAAGCAUUUCUGUGUUUCAUGGCCUCAAUACUAAAGGGUUACAGGUCUUAUCUCAGGCCAAUAACAGAGGCACCUUCUGAAACGGCCACAGAUGCAAGUUCUCUCUUUGAACUACAAGGUUUCCUCAAAAGUCGAGAUCGUUCACACCAGAAGUUCUACACGCUGAUGACCAAAACUCAAAUGUUCAUUCGCUUCAUUGAAGAAUGUUCUUUUGUCAGUGAUAAGGAUGCAAGCCUUGCAUUUUUUGAUGACUGUGUAGAUAAAGUAGAUAUGGAUAAAACUGGGGAAACACGACUUAUAGAGCUGGAUGAGUCUUACAAGAGUGAGCAUACAGUUUUCAUAACACCACCUGAGAUCCCUCAUCUGCCAAAUGGUGAAGAACACCCUCUUCAAUACAGCUACAACGGGUUCCCAGUUCUAAAGCUAGAUUUGUUUGAGCGACCUGAAGUAUUUCUGACAACACCAAAUAACAAACUGUCUUCAAAAGCCAGUAGUCCCAACAGCCCAUCACCGAUGUUUAGAAGAACUAAACAGGAAAUCAAAUCUGCACAUAAAAUUGCUAAGAAGUACUCGUCCAUACCUCAACUGUGGUCCAGGUGUUUGUUGCGUCACUGCUAUGGUCUUUGGUUUAUCUGUCUUCCUGCAUAUGUCAAAGUAUGCCAUUCAAAAGUCAGGGCUCUGAGAACUGCAUAUGAUGUGCUACAGAAAAUGCAUACCAAAAAAAUAGAUCCUCCUGAUGAGGUAUGCUACCGAGUGCUCAUGCAACUAUGUGGACAGUAUGGUCAGCCUGUACUGGCUGUGAGAGUUCUUUUCGAAAUGCAGAAAGCUGGUGUUGACCCUAAUGCCAUUACCUAUGGCUAUUACAAUAAGGCCGUUUUGGAAAGUACCUGGCCUUCAAGCAAUCGAGGUGGCUAUUUCCUAUGGAUGAAAAUAAGAAAUGUUGUUUUAGGAAUAGCACAGUUUAAAAGAGCCUUGAAAAAACUACCUGCAAGCACAGCACAUACAGCCCCUUCUGGGGGACUUUCAGACUUCGGCAAUAAUGCAUUAAAAGAAGAAGCUAAGCAAGGGAAAAUGUGUCUUCAUGAUAUACAAGAACAAAAAGAGGACAAGAGAGAGAGUGAUUCCAGUUCUCUGUCUGAAGCGGAGAGCACAAAAGGAAGUGGUGACUGCCUUCCUAAACUGAACUACCAGAACUCAAGUAAUGCCAAACCAACUUCUAGUAUAGUGCGGCUCAACGGUACUGUUGAUAAUACAGUAACAGAAGUUAGUACUGAGAGUUCAGUGAGAUUGCUAUUCACAUCAUCUUUUGAGGAUUCCAAUGAAGCAGAAGCUAUUAAAAGUAAAUCCUUAAGAAAGAGGCAUAAAAGUGCAGUAGAACCUGAUUUAAGGCAGAUACCAUGGGAAAGUAGGAACCGUAACCUGAGUGGAGAUGCCUUAAUGGGCCUCAUGAUAAAUAGAAUAAAUCAAGAAGCAAACCCUGGAGAAAUUGUUGAAAAAUUAGGAGCCGAUGCCAAAAUCUUAUCUAGUGCAUUACAGAAAACCAUAAGGCCAAAAACUCUUAAUAUCAGAACAUCCUCUUUAGAUUUGAAGAGAGAGAGUCUGGAGAAAGAGUCUAGUGAUGAAGAUACAGCUUUUGAUUGUAGUUUUGUAGAUAAAAUGGAGUCUCCUGUUAUCUUUGAUCUGGAAGACUUGGAUGCUGAAUCUGAAACACCUGCAACAGUGAAAUCCUCCAAUGAAAAAUCUAGAAGACUGCAACGAAAGAGCAGCUUUCCAGUAAAGCCGAUUGAAAAGAUAGAUGUUGAAACUGGAUUUGAUCCACUGUCCCUCAUGGUUGCUGAGACAGAACAGCAGAAAGAGGAUGAUGAGGAUGAUGAUGACAAAAGUGUUUCAACUCCAUCCGCGAGACGAGACUUAGCUGAAGAAAUAGUCAUGUACAUGAACAACAUGAGCAGCCCCUUGUCAAGUCGUGCCCCGAGCAUUGAGUUGCAAAAGCCUUACGAUGACAGAAAUGCUAAUAAAAAGAGUCCAACAGUAACCCAACCUUGUAGGAGGUCCAGCCUUCCCCCAAACUCCCCAAGGCCAUCCAGUCUUACCAAAUCCAAGAGUUAUCACAACAAAAAUGAAGAAAGACCAAGAGACAGGCUUUGGUCCUCUCCAGCUUAUUCUCCAAACAGCCCAGCAAAGGAACACUCACAGGAUGCAACUGGGGCAUUAACUCUAGUGUCUUCACCAUCGUUCAACUUAGAUACGCUGUUAACACCGAAGUUUGAUGUUCUUAAAAGCAGCAUGUUUUCUGCUGGAAAAGGGGUUGCGGAGAAGGCUAGCAAAUGGUACUCAAAAUUUGCAAUGUAUACUGCAUCUUCAAAGGAUCAAAAUUCAGACCGGGCAAGUGUUUCAUCGCUUGGAGCCCUGGACUCAGAAUCUACUUCUCUAACUGAUGAAGAUGUCUGUAAUGAUUUUGAAAGCGCUUCUCCUCCUCAGGAGAGUGCCACAUCAGAAGUUAAGGGAAUUGGUCUCAGCAGGACAAGCCUAGAAAGUACAGUUUCACAUGAUGGCUCAUCAAAACAAUUUGACCAGUGCAGUUCUCUUUCAAAAUUCCCUUUACCUGACAAAUCAGAGUUGAUAUCUUCUUGCAGUACAAGUAGUACCAGUGUGUUUCAGAACUACGCUAUGGAGGUCCUCAUCUCAAGCUGCUCACGAUGCCGAACUUGUGACUGUUUGGUUCAUGAUGAAGAAAUCAUGGCAGGUUGGACAGCAGAUGAUUCUAAUCUGAAUACCACAUGCCCUUUCUGUGGGAAUUUAUUUCUGCCUUUUUUAAGCAUAGAAAUCAGAGAUCUUCGGCGACCUGGACGGUAUUUCCUGAAGUCUAGCCCUUCUACAGAAAAUAUGCAGUUCCCACCACUUUUUUCAAAUCAGAGUGGGAAGUCCUGUAACACUGCAGCUACUGUUGGCCUUGCUACAUCUCUGUCUGUUCAAGAAGAUUUAAAUUCAAAUAGCAAACCUAAGCAUCACGACAAUGUUUGUGCCAGAAGCAUCCAAAUCCCCUCAGGAAGAAGACAAAAUACCUGCGGGUCGGAAUGUACAAGUCAUCCUGUAGCAAGGAGCAUCAGUAGUUUUGGCCCACUGGUAGAAGAUGAGAAGGAAAACCAGAAGAUCAGCCAUAUCAUUCCUACUGGUAGCCUGCCUGCUACUUUGCAAGGACCAGCAGAUUCCUUGGGACUAGAAUGGCGCUUACCUAGUCCUGAUCCUAUAACUGUUCCUUACCUCAGUCCUCUAGUAGUAUGGAAAGAGCUUGAGAGCUUGCUUGAAAAUGAAGGGGAUCAUGCAAUAAUGGUGGCGGACUUUGUAGAUCAUCAUCCUAUUGUGUUCUGGAAUUUGGUGUGGUAUUUCAGACGACUGGACUUGCCUAGCAAUUUACCAGGAUUAAUACUUUCUUCUGAGCACUGUAAUAAAAACUCAAAGAUUCCACGAAACUGUAUGUCAGAGGACAGUAAAUAUGUUCUUAUUCAGAUGCUAUGGGACAAUAUGAAAUUGCACCAGGAUCCAAGGCAACCUCUGUAUAUUUUAUGGAAUGCUCAGACCCAGAAGUACCCAAUGGUCCAUUUAUUACAGAAAGAUGAUGACUCUUUUAACCAGGAACUCUUGAGAAGUAUGGUGAAAAGUAUUAAGAUGAAUGAUGUCUAUGGACCAAUGAGUCAAAUAUUGGAGAGAUUAAACAAAUGGCCACAUAUUAAAAGACAGAGGAGCCUCUAUAGAGAAAUACUAUUUCUUUCACUUGUUGCUCUAGGAAGAGAUAACAUUGAUAUAGAUGCUUUUGACAGAGAGUACAAAAUGGCCUAUGAUCGUCUCACAGCUAAUCAAGUGAAGAAUACUCAUAAUUGUGAUAGACCACCAAGUACUGGAGUGAUGGAAUGCCGAAAGAUUUUUGGAGAACCAUAUCUUUAAAUAUACCUAAUAAAGAGGAGAUACCUAUGAUGUAUACCUGUGUAAAAUAACCACUUCAGUCACAAGGAGCAUCUCAGUCUUCAAAAAUUACACUGCUAUUUAUAGUAACUUGUCCACUUACGUUUUGAAGAGCAAUUUGUUUUUAAAGCAGUAUAGAAAUGUAAAACUAGACAAUACUCUACAGGAUUUCUCUCAUGCACACAUGGAAAACAUACUACCGUAGCAAUCCAUGGCAAGUAUGGUAAACUUCAGUAAAACUAGUAAUGAACACACUGUCUCUGUAAAACGCUUCUAUAGAAAUAUCCUUCUCUUUCUCUUCCUCCUCUCUUCCCAUCUCUCCCCAUUCCCUAGGAAAGUCUGUAGUGUACUGAAUAGUCCUGCAGAUUAUUUUAUGGUAUCAGUGCAUUUCAGCUGUUGGCACUUGUUAAGGUGACCUCAUUUCAGAUGUAAUACAAAGCAAAUGACAGCCUGCAAAAAUUUCUCUAUAAAAAUGCAAUGUUUAGAGCCUCUGGUGGAUGUGUUCAAAAUGCACUAAAUAUGGCACGUACUUAAUGCUAAUCCAAAGCUUUUGAAAAAGUAGAUAGAGCAAACUGGCUGCAGGGAAUAUAUAGGGAAUGUAUCUUAUCAGGGCAUGUUGUGCAUAGUUAAAGUACGUGGAAUGUUUGGUCUUUACUUCACAGGCAAAAUGACUUCUUUUCCUGUGAAGAAAAAUAAUGCUGUGUUAGCCCUCCUCGUGGAUGGAGUCAUGGCUUUUGACCUAUGCUUUCUUGUUCUAGAGAAUUCAAAAAUGCUCUGUGCUUUUGGUCAUGUAGCAACUCCACACUAGAAGGUAGACUACAGAGAGAAUAUUGGAAGUUUUUUAUGGAGAUGGGCAAACAGACAUUGAAUUGUAUAAAACCUCCUAAACCAUUUAAGCUGUGCUUCAACAGAGCUUUAUUUUUUCCUUCUUUUUUUAAAGUAAUCUUUAUUUUCUGAUUCUAAUUUUUUAAUUGUUGUUGUCCAUAAUACUUCUAAAUAUUCAGUGAUUCCAUUAGUGGUUUUUUUUUUGAAGUAUUUAGGUGUGCCUAGCUGCAGAUUUUUUUUUUUUAAAAAAAAAAAUUAAUUUGCAAGUGUAAUACAGCAAUAUUUAGCUAGGCAGAAAGGAGAUAAAGUAAAUGUAAGCUUUAUAGUUUGUUCAAUAAAGUAGAAUGGGCCUCUUAGAGGCCUAAAUGAGAAGUAAUGCUGCUAUGAUGCUCUAUGUAACCUCUUCUGUAACAUAGUAAGAGGAUGCUACCCUAAGGAGAAAGAAUUUAAAAUUUGUAGAGCCGCAGGUAUACGCUAAGGCUAAUUGCAAGAUGCAUCUUGAUGUAAAUGCAAUCUUGCUAGAUACAGCUUUCAUUGGAUAAUACCUCUUCUUAAGUUUGCUGCUAAUUAUGUAGCUGAGUUUUUUAAGUAUCCUCACCCUCAUCGCUGAAGUGGACCUAGCAGUGUUACACUUACCACCACUUUUCACAUUUAAUUUAUUUUAACAAUUUGUGAUGCUUUAUUUUGUAGUGCCCACACUUGUAAAGUAUUCCUGGUGCAUGAGUGUUUUUAAAAAAAAAAAAAAAAAAAAAAAAAAAAUCUAGGUACAUGGUAAACAAUGUAUCAGUGUAGAGUGAAUACAUACCCACUUCUUUCUUCUAAACUAUUGUGAAAAUACCAGAUUAUUUUUAACAUACUUAUUGUAAGUACCUAUUAGUAUGCAUGUAUGCUCUGCUCUAUACAGUAGCUACACUGUAUUUACUAAGUAAAAAUUGCAUACGGCAGUUGCUGUGUAUAUAAAUUAAUACAUAUUUGUGCGGUGUAAAUGGAGCAUUCCUAGCUUUUUACAGUUGUUUCCCACAUCACUUACCGCUUGGGACAGCCACUAUUUUAUAGCACCUUCAGGCCAUGAAGGAGGGCAACUGCUUUUUCCAGAGCUGCCAUGGUGUAAUAGAGGUACUGAGCUAUGAAGCAGGCUUCACACUUUGUAUUUUCAUCUGGCAGGAGCAACUGAGCCUGAUCUCUAACCACCACUCCCUUAUUAAGAUACUACUCUGCAACUGUGUGCGCUAGCACAGGAAUAGAGGCAACACUUGUAAUAUGUGGCCCAGUCUCUCCCUUCUAGUCCCAGCUUAGUUGUAAGUACUUUCAGCUGUCUUCAUUUCUUACAAAGCCAACAAGUUUGCCACUUCAUUCAAGUACCAACAGUCCUGUCAGUAUUAUCGGGAGAGUAUAUAAUGUACCAUGAAAAGGAUUGUGUAUGUAUCUUUAAGAUAAGCAAUCUUACUGUGAUCUUGCAUCCUCAAAGUGGCAUUCCUGAAGCAUUGCGGAUGUUUAGUUGGAUGUGCUUUUAAAUUAAUAUAUCAUGUAGUACUUCACAAAGUGAAAUCAUUAUACUUAAUUUUAAUUGUUUUAAGUCUGUUGCAAGUCAUUUCACUGUAGAAGUACUAUAAUAAAAUAUAAUUCAAUAAUGAUAUACUUUAAGUGGGAAUUUUCCUCAUUCAUAUCAUAAUGUCAAAAUAUAGAUCCUGAGGAGGAUAAUUUUUAAGCAUCAUACAAUUCAAUGAAACAAACAGUUUCAAAUCUCACUGUCCUUUAUUAGAAAAGCAGUUUGAGUAUAUUUUGCAGUACUGGAAAAGUGGAUAAUAUUUAAGACAUAUUUUCAAUUUAAAAUUUUGUAUGAACUGAAUUUUUUCCUUUUGUGUACUAAAUAAUGCUUCUAUCAAAAAACCUUAAGCAAAGGUUUUACAUUUGCAGUGCAAUAUAUAUUUUGUUUUACUUAUGGUUCCACUGGAAUAAUUAUUGGAGAUGAAACAGUGAAAUGUGAAUAGAAACUGUGCUGUUUUCCUGACACUGCUAACUAUUUCCCAUUUGAGUAGGUUUGCUGUUGGUACAAUUACAGCUGGAUGAAUGAGAUUUCCACUGACAAAUGAAUUGAUAUGUACACCAAGAAAGAGAGAAUUCCUGCGUGUAAUAUCUUUUUAUAACGAAUGGGAGAUGAAAACAGUAAUUAGAGAGGGAUAUUUCUGGAUAUUAUCUCACUGGGGUUUUAAAAUGGUACUUUGUUUGCAAGCAGCACUUUUUUAAAGGAAUGGUUGUAGAUUUGUAAAUAUGUAAUGUUUAAAUUUUAUUUACCAAAAACCAGUAUGUUGGAUGUUUGCUUUGGUUUGUAGUUCAUUUUAAAUAAGCAAGUCAGUGUUCACAAUGUUAAAUCUUUUUCUGUCUCAUCCAAAAAAAGUUUUACAGUGAGUCAAUAAAAAGCUUAAAAUCUC